UCAACUUCUCAGCUGAAUCCUCACACUGGAGAAAAGUGGAAAGGAAACGUCUGUUUUACCUCUAAGGGAUUGUUGGUACCACUGAAAGGUGGAGCCAAACCCCAACGCCACAAACUCAGGAAGAAUGAAGAACAGCUUCUAGAGGAUUUCUCAGAGCAAAGUGUGUUAGUGACGUAUCAAGGCAGUGUUUUAAGAUAAAAGGGGCGAGAGAGACCAACACGCAUAGAAAAAUGCCUUUUGGUGGGUUAGCAGGUUUGAAGGAAAAGGUGUUUAAGCCUGGGAAGGAGGAGGUGAAGAACACAGUGGGGGACUCUCUAGGAAAACUGCAAAGGAAAAUAGAUGGUAGCAAUGUAGAAGAAGAAGACACUAUUGAACUGACGGAGGAUGGACGUCCGGUGGCAUCACCACCACUUUCUGCCCCUCUGCUGGACUGUAACUGUGCUGGUCUGCCCAAACGCUAUAUCCUCGCCAUCCUCAGCGGCCUGGGCUUUUGCAUCUCCUUUGGCAUCCGCUGCAACCUUGGUGUGGCCAUUGUGGAGAUGGUGAACAACAACACCGUCUAUAUCAAUGGGACUCGUGUGAUUCAGAAAGCUCAGUUUAACUGGGACCCAGAGACAGUGGGGCUGAUCCACGGCUCUUUCUUCUGGGGCUACAUUGUAACUCAAAUCCCUGGUGGUUUCAUCUCCAACAAGCUGUUUGCCAACAGGGUUUUUGGGGCCGCCAUUUUCCUGACGUCAGUGCUCAAUAUGUUCAUCCCAUCAGCAGCAAGGGUGCACUAUGGUUGCGUCAUGUUUGUUCGCAUCCUGCAGGGCUUAGUGGAGGGUGUCACCUACCCAGCAUGCCAUGGGAUGUGGUCCAAAUGGGCGCCACCUCUUGAACGGAGUCGACUGGCCACAACUUCAUUCUGUGGAUCCUAUGCAGGAGCAGUGAUCGCCAUGCCUUUAGCUGGACUGCUUGUUCAGUACGUCGGAUGGUCUUCGGUCUUCUAUAUUUAUGGUGUUUUUGGGAUCAUAUGGUACAUCAUGUGGCUCCUGCUGGCGUAUGGUAGUCCUGCUGAACACCCAACAAUCACAGAGGAGGAGAGGACAUACAUCGAGACCGCCAUCGGUGAAACAAUGCGCCAAAUGAGUGUGACUGAGAAAUUCAAGACUCCAUGGCGUCGUUUCUUUACCUCCAUGCCCGUCUAUGCCAUCAUUGUGGCCAACUUCUGCCGCAGCUGGACCUUCUACCUACUCCUCAUCAGCCAGCCGGCAUAUUUUGAGGAAGUCUUUGGCUUCCCCAUCAGUAAGGUGGGGCUCCUGUCCGCUGUCCCCCACAUGGUGAUGACUAUUGUAGUUCCUAUUGGAGGACAGCUGGCUGACUUCUUACGCAGUAACAAAAUAAUGUCUACGACAAAUGUGAGGAAACUCAUGAACUGUGGAGGAUUUGGUAUGGAGGCUACUCUGCUGUUGGUGGUUGGUUUUUCUCACACUCGAGGAGUCGCCAUCUCCUUCCUUGUUCUGGCUGUAGGGUUCAGUGGAUUCGCCAUCUCAGGUUUUAAUGUCAAUCAUUUGGAUAUCGCUCCUCGUUAUGCUAGCAUCCUGAUGGGCAUUUCCAAUGGGGUGGGAACACUGUCUGGAAUGGUGUGUCCUUUGAUUGUUGGAGCCCUGACUAAACACAAGACUCGUCUGGAGUGGCAGAAUGUUUUUCUUAUUGCGUCCAUGGUGCAUUACUCAGGGGUCAUCUUCUACGCUAUCUUUGCUUCGGGAGAGCAGCAGGACUGGGCCGAUCCUGAGAGCACCAGCGAGGAUAAAUGUGGCAUUAUUGAUCAGGACGAGCUGGCUGAAGAGUCAGAGCUCAACAGCGAGGCCAUGGUGGCUCCCAAAAGGAGUUACGGAACCACAGAGGAUUCAUUCGGUCGGAAACAGGGUUGGAAAAAGAACAAAGGGGUGACCAUGCAAGAGGAGGAACAUUAUGGGAAUGGCGACUACCAAGAUCGUUACCAGUGAGAUGCCCUGUGGGGCGCAGGACUUCCAAAACACUCAAACCUGGCCAAGGCUGAAGGUUUGAUCUUACACCUGUGGAAAUGUCAGAAACAACAGAGAAGUGACAGGAGCAGCGACAUCAUAUGUACCUCAAGAUUUUUCAUUUUUGGUCCAGUUUAACUGUGAUGUACUGUCAGAAAUCAAAUGACAACACAACAAUUAAAUAAGUUAAAAUGCUAAGAUCAAACAUAACUCAUAUUAGUAAACUCAUUGGAUCAAAAUAAUAAAGAAAGCAACAUCAACAAAUACAUGAUAGAGUCAGAAAAUAAACAAUACAUUAAAUCUAAACUGACUGUGUAGUAUAAACGUAUAUUCGAAAAUAAACCACAGACCAACAUUCACGAACCAAAUAGUGCUAUUUUAAGAACAUCAGAAACGGAUAUCAACUUUUAGACCUGACCGUACUCCAUCUGUGCGAGCAAGCAUUGCUUUCUUUGAAUCAUGUGAACAGUUUUUGAAAUGUUUUGUGUCAGCUAUGCAACGUAAAAAGAGACGUGCUUCUGGAAUGUAAUAAUGGGUUUGACAGCAGACCACAGUGUUAACGUAAAGAGCCUUAUGUUUUAUUUUCUUUGUGCUUGUAUGUAUUUGCUGUUGCUGAAUGAUUGCACUCUGUCACCGCUUAGCUCACGCUCCUCGUCUGAGCAGGUCUUUGUUCACCAUCCAUUUGUAAUGCACCUCCUCUAGCAUUACAUCAGCUUCAUUAUUUGUACUGCUUUGAGCUCAUAAUGGAAACGAAAUGGAUGGUGAGUUCAGUGCCGACGUUACUCCAUGAAGCAUUUAGUGUAACUAAACUAUUUAUUCUUCUGGUGGGUUUUUUUUGUGUU